AUGUCUGACGCUCUUACACCCCCCGAAAUCACUGCUGCGCUCAUUGGUCUGGGCGAGAAAAAGGCAAAGCAGGCCUACCAUAUCACCUUCUUCAAGUCAUGGAUGUCAGCAUGGAUUCUCUGCUUCGGAGCCAUGCUCGUCCAAGUCAUCCAAGGCGGUUCCGGAACCCUCCGCACCGACUACCCCGGCCUCAUCACCCUCGUUGCCGCCUUUUUCUUCCCGGUCGGUCUCAUCAUGCUCGUCCUCACCGGUCAAGACCUCUGCACCGCCAACUUUAUGGUCGUCCCCAUGGCCUGGAUGAAGGGGCGCGUCAGGCUCUGGGAGAUCCCCGUCAACUGGAUCUUUGUCUUUUUCGGUAACCUCGCUGGCGCCCUCACCUUUGUCGCCUUCCUCGCCCACUGGUCCGGCCUCUACACAUCCGGCAUGAUCACCUAUUCGAUCGCCGUCGCUGUCAACAAGAGCAACCAGGGCUGGGGCGAGUGCUUCCUCCGUGGGAUUGGCUGUAACUUCUUGGUCUGCAUGGCCGUCCUCCUCGGUACCGGCGCCCGCGAGAUGGUCUCCAAGAUCGCCGCUCUCCACUUCCCCGUCUUUGUCUUCGUCAUCCUCGGCUUUGAGCACGUCAUCGUCAACAUGUUCUACAUCCCCAUCGGUAUGCUCAACGGCGCCAACGUCGGUGUCGGUCAGUACAUUGGCCGAUCCAUGAUCCCUUCUCUCCUCGGUAACAUCGUCGGCGGUCUCCUACUCGGUAUCCCCAUGCUGUGCUUCUACCACCCGCCAGAGCUUCCCUUCUUCAACCGCUUCUCCUCAGGCCGAACAGAGCCUGCCACCGGCUCCACUAUCGUCAGGCACGAGGACGGCGCCGAGACUCCUCCUUCCAUCUACGGGACGGAGGCUGAUACCACCUCCGCGGGCAGAAAGGUCGGGAAGGGUAGUUCGUAG